CCCGCUACCACGGUCGUGUGACCUUGCACAAGCCUCCCCGAGACACAAGGUUCAAUAAGCCAGGCCGCAUACCCAUACCGCGGACUGUAUCCAGGACGACGCGGGGCACCGAAUACGUGGUGACUCCCGACGGUAUCGGACGGGCUGCGGCCGCGAUAACCACCAUUGUCGACGAAGUCUUAUAUAUUCUCCUCUUCACACUCGCCACCGAUAUACAAUGUCGGGCCCUCCGCCGUCACCAAAGCAGCAGCCGCAGCGAGAAGACGCGCCGCGCCCGUCUUCUGUCCCGCCCGCCGCUGACCCGCGCCCAUUCCCCCCAUCGCAGCCGAUGCGCUCCAGCUCGACGCAACACGUGCCUGCGCGCUCGUCGCCUCUGGCUCCAGCUGGCGUCAUCUCCAUCGCCGGCUCGGCCGCCAAGCCCAGACGCAUCUCGCACAGUACCGACCUCCAGAGACUCGGCUCGAGCUCGUCGAGAACAAAGGGCAGAGCUCUCGGCCUCGCGCAGCAGCUCCGCGCCGAGGGCGAUGGGGUGGUCAAGCGCCGCUCGGGCGGUGUCCUCGCUCGCGGGUUCAUUCUCAAGACUGACCACUACCCAACCGGUCGUGCCCUCGACCUGGACCUCAACGUCCAGGGCGCCCCAAACUUUCGCGCCCCGGAUAACGAGGCGCUGAACGUGUUUGGAGUCGCACAGCCCACCGUCGCUGGCCUCAAGUCCAUUCUCACCAUCCUCAACUGCCAGCCUGCCAAGCCCAAGACACCUGAAACAUCGCCGAUUGACGGGCCGCUCCACCGCCGCAGGUCCUCGGCAGUGGCUGCGGACACGCCAGGCCACACGUUCUGGUUCAGUACCCGUGAAGAGACGCUUGGUGGACCAGAGUCGCUAACCUUCAGCGCCGGCCGCCCGUACGUCCUCAGAGACGGCUCGAACCCGUUCCAAACCCUCGCACUUUCCGACCGCGCAUCCAACCUCGAGGACAUUGAGCGGCGCCUCAAGAUCGACAUUCUCGAAGAGGCCAAGCGCUAUGGCGGACUGAUCCUCUGCCACGACGAGGUGCAGGGCGGCGAGAUUGUCCCCACGUGGGUGAGCGUCGACGAGAAGAUCAUUCGUACCCCGAAGGAAGUGUACGACGAUGUGCGCAACGCCGGCUGGAGGGUCGACUACUGGCGUAUUCCUGUGGGGCCUGAUCGCCCCAUUGAGGACAACUACCUCGACGCUUAUGUCAGCCGUCUCAAGGACACUGACCCGCUCACCACAUCGCUCGUGUUCAACUGCGGCAUGGGCGUCGUCAGAACCACGUUCGCCAUGGUCGCCGCGUUACUCGUCAGGCGCGGACAGUACCUCCAGCGUGGUCUCGACGACCCCUUCCCCACCGCUGCCGGCUCGGGAUUCGCAACGCCCUCUUCCCAGUCGCCGGCGCCGGGACAGGCUGCACAGGUCCUCCAGCAGGCCUCGCAGCAGCAGGCGCUGAACAAGAGCUUGCUCAAGGUCACGCGCAUGCUCGACGAGAACCUUCCCUCGCGCCGCUCAACCGCCGCUAUCGACCUCCUGUCCAACAACCCCAACCUGCUCGAGUCGCUCAGAAGAGCCCACAUGGGCAACUACCAGGUGGUGCUGUCCCUCCUCUCCAGUCUCGACCACGGCCGCGAGCUCAAGCGCCUCGUCGACAUCAUCAUCGACAACUGUGACCAGGUCAUCAACCUCCGCGAGAAUGUCAUCGAGUACCGUGUCAAGUAUUCCGUCGCCAAGGGCGAGGACAAGAACGGGCACUCGUGGCUCGACAAGGCAGUGCGGUCGCUCGAACAAUACUUUGACCUCAUCGUCUUUGCCGCGUACGUCGAGAGCGACGUCGGCAUGGUCUCGGGAACCAAGUUCUCUUCGUGGCUCAAGGCCCGCCCGGAGAUCUGGAACCAGAUCAAGGUCCUCCGACGCCGAUGGGGCGACAGGCUGUUUGCGUUCGCGCCAGCCAACGACCUCAGCGUCAUCUCGCGCUCGCUCGACCUCGGCGACAGGCGCGACCAGCGGAGAAUCGACUCGGGCCUGGACCUCGAGGGCGGCAAGGUCCUCGGCGACGAGUGGGCCGAGCAUGUCGUCAAGAACCGUAACGGCAUCAUGCUGCGUGCUUCAACCCUCCUCAAGCGCGACCUCUGGGUCUCUGCCACCGCCGCAUCGACUGAUGGCAUUCGUGGCGCCAUUGGCUUCCGCCACGUCGCUGGCCAGAGCAUCUACACGACUGGCCAACCGACGCAGGACGCUAUCGCCACGAUCCUCGACAUUGUCCAGGAGCGCUCCCACUCCGUCAACCAUGUUGUGUGGGUUUGUCUCCGCGAGGAGCCUCUCGUCAUGAUCAAUGGUGCUCCGUUCGUGUUGCGACGAGACACAACUGCUCUGCGCAAUAUGCGCGACUACACCGGUGUGUCGCCAGCCCGCCUUGAGGUGCUCGAGGAGCGCCUGAAGAGCGACGUCGUCGCCGAGCUUGCCACUUUCGACGGCAGCGUGCUCCUGCACGCUGAAACGGCCAACGGCAAGGUCGUGCCGUUGUGGGAGAAGGUAUCAAAGAAGGACGUCGACACUCUUCGCGAGGUCAUGGACGACAUUGCAGCCAAGCAGCAUGACGUGGUUCUGACAUUUGAGCGCAUCCCCAUUACUUCGGAGUCUUCCCCAGACUUCCACGACAUUACCCAACUGCUCGACCUCUGCAUGCGCAUCAACAUGGACAAGACGGCCAUCAUCCUGAACGACCAGCUCGGCCGUGGUCGUAGCUCUAACACUGCAGCCAUUGUCUACCUUAUUGAGCGCUGGCUGCGGCUCAACCGCGCCCACCCUCCUACUACGCCGCUGCGGCAGCGUACAGCGUCUCGCAAGAGCCUGAUGAUCACCGGCGAGUCAAGGACUAGCUGGCAGAUCAUCAACAGCGCCCUCCGUGUCAUCCGUAACGGCCUUGAAGUCAAGCGGGUGGUCGACGAGGCGAUCGACCGUACGUCGGCCACUUUCAACCUUCGCGACGCAAUUGAGGACUUCAGGGACCGCGCCGAGCAAGCCCACACCCCCGAGGAGAAGAACAGCUACAUUGAGAAGGGAAUGCACAACCUUCUCCGCUACUUCCACCUGCUUGUCUUCCAGGCGUACCUCGACGACACCAAGCCUGACGACGAGGAGGCGUACACCUUCGAGUCGUUUGUCAAGCACCGCCCAGUGUUCAAGACGCUGCAGAAGGAUCUCCAGGAGGGCGGCCUUGAGAGCUUGACGCCGCUUGAGCGCACCGACCCAGAGACUGGCAUGGCUCUUGAAGACGAAGUCUCCAACGUCGUCACGAACCGUAGCGGCGCGAUCCUGUCGGCGCAGACCAUCCUCAAAUCGGACUUCUUCUCCGGCCUGCAGAAGCAGAGCCUUCCGGAGCGUGUGGACGGUGCGGCCAACUACCGCCGCCUGCCGCUGCUCCUCGAUGGGACUCCCGAUGCUGAGGCAGCCGACCCCAAGGCCAAGUUUGUCUACGGCACGGGCAUGCCGAGUGCCGAGGGCCUGCGCAACGCGCUCAUCAAGAUGCACGCGGAGCCUGGAGGCAAGAGGAAUGUGACGUGGACGUCGCUGCGCGAGGAGCCUGUUCUUUAUGUCAACUCGCGACCUCACGUCCUGCGCCUGAUUGACAAGCCCGUUACGAACAUCGAGACGACUGGUGUGACGGCCUCCGUGGUCGAGCGCAUGGAAAUGCAGCUCAAGGAGGACGUGCUCAAGGAGAUCCGGAAUGGUAACGGCAAGCUCCUGCUCCACGACGAGGUGGAGAUCAAGCCGGGCGUCUACGAGGUCAUUCCCAUCUGGGAGACUGUCGAGCUCGAGAACGUCAUGACUCCCAAGGAGCUGUACCAGCAGGUGGAGAACGAGCACUACCAGGUUGACUAUCAGCGCAUUGCGAUUACGGAUGAGCAGGCGCCACUCCCUGGUGCGCUGCAGCAGAUUGUUGGGCGCGUAUGCACCGGCCUGAAGGAGGGCCACGACUUUGUGUUCAACUGUCAAAUGGGCCGUGGCCGCACCACCACUGGCAUGAUCGCUGCCUCGCUCAUCGCGACCAUCGCUACCGAGACCAAGGAGGAGCUCGCGCGCGAGGAGGCGACCGACCCAGAGGACGAGGACGACCUCCUCGACCUCGAAGACGAGACACAGUACCUCAACGGCGAGUACAAGACGAUCUUGCAGCUCGUCACGGUCCUGAGCCACGGCAAAGACGCCAAGCGCAUUACCGACAAGGUCGUCAACCUGAUGGAAGGUGUGCAGAACCUGCGCAAGGCGGUCUACGACUUCAAGCUCAAGGUCGACGCAGCAGAGCCAGGCUCGGUCAAGUUUACGACGCUGCAGCACCAGGCAAUCAACUAUCUCUACCGAUACGGCACGCUCAUCGUGCUCGCCAACUUCCUCCUCGAGGCCAAGGACCGCGGCGUGUCGCUCGACAAGGCCGACUUCCCCCAGUGGCUCGAGCAGCACCGCGAGAUCCGCAACGUGCUCAGCCGGAAGAAUCUCGACUAGCGCAACAGCGCCGUGGCAUCAUAGAAGCACAUACAUGCAUAAUGCGAGAAGAGAAGUCUAUUGCUGCUGGUGCUGGCCGUCGUACGGGCCCUGGCCGGAUGGAUAGCCGCCGCCGUACUGGCCUCCUCCACCCUGCUGCUGCUGCUGCUGGGGCCAGUAUCCGCCCAUCAUCUGCUGGUACUGUGCCGCAAAGCGGGGGUUGAUGGCCGGCGCGUUGCCGCUGCCGUCCUGGCCCUGCGGCGCGAAACCGGGGAUGCCCAUGCCGGGCUGGGACGGGUUGUACCCGGCGGGGUUGUACUGCUGGAACUGGGGCUGGAACUGGGGCUGUUGCUGCUGGGGCCAGAAGCCUGCCUGCUGCUGGAAGCCGCCCUGCUGCUGCAUGGGCAUGGCGCCGCCGAACCCGCCCAUCGGCGCCGUUUGGCCCCACUGUCCGGGACGCUGGGGGAGCGCGUGCACCGGCCGUCCGCCGCCCGUCGCACGCCCCUGUCCGCGCCCUCCACCUCCGCCUCCUCCUCGGGGACCACCGCGCCCGCGCCCCCGGCCGCGCUGGGGCCGCUGUGCGCCAUAGCCAGAGGGCACGUCGUCGUCGUACACGACCGCGUGGCGCUGGCUCGCGGUGCUGCCUGCAUCGCUCACCUCGUCCCACCUGUCCGCGCCGUCGCCGUGCAGGCUCACGCUGUCGUCGUCGUUGCCUGCGUAGUCGAAGUGUGGACGGGGCGGCAGCGGAUGCUGCACUGACCCGGGCGUGCCGGGCACGCGCGAGCCAGCGCGCUUGCCCUUCUUCUUGCGCCUGUUCUUGGCGGCGCGCUCCGCCUCGUCGUCGCUCCACUCGACCUCGUCGUCGCCCACCUCCUCGUCGUAGAUGUUACUCGCGUCCGACCGGAAGCGCGGGUCGCGCACGGCGUGCAUGUCGACAAAGGUGCGGUAGUCGGCCGACUGCGGGAAGAAGACCUUGUCCCCUGCUUCGAGGGAGGGGUAGGGGAAGGGAGGGGGAGGAAGACGGACGGAAUAAAACGGCGACGUGAGUGGCCCGAACGUGUCGUGUACCGCGCCGAGAAUGUGCCCGUCGGCUGUGGUGAGGACUGAGCCAGACUCGAGCCAGCCGGUGCCGGGCGCUUGCAUUGCGCGGAUGAUGAUCGUGCCGGACGAGUUGAACUUGGGGAUGGCGGGUGCGGCGGCAUCGGCAGCAGGUUCGGGCUUGGACUCGGUGGCCUCGGUGGUGGGCUUGGUCUCCGUGACCUCUCCUGCCUCUGUGGCGGGCUCAGGCUUGACCUCGACGUCGCCGGCUGCAGCAGCCUCCGACUUGAUCUCGACGUUCUCGCCAGCAGACUCGGCCUUGAUCGCCCCCUCGGCCUCGCCCGCGGCCUUCUGCUUCUCAAGCCACGCCUCCACACCGCGCUCCUUCAUCCAGCUCACGACGUCGCCAGCGAGCACGAGCGGUACGGUCGCGGGGAUGUGCUCUAAGGGUGGCUGCGGGACGGGCGGGAGAGCCUGUUCGUGGGCACUCAUGAUCGCCCCCGGCUCCCCAUCAUCCUCGACCGGCGCAUCAAAGUCAAAGUCGUCCAUGUCGACCUCGUCAUCGUCGUCGUCCUCUUCCUCUUCGGAAUCCGUGACGAACUCGAACCCGCCAAGCUUGUCGAGCACGGACGCCGUCGCUGCCGAAGGCGCGGGGGCAGGCUCGCCCGUGAACUCCUCGAGCUCCUUCUUCAUGCUGGCGUGCUGCUCGGCCGUCAUGGGCGUGGCGUCGGGCUUCUUGUACUCGUCAUCGUCCUCGUCCUCGUCGCUCGAUUCCUCCUCGGACGAGCUCUCGUCGCCAGUGUACUGCGGCACUGAGCGGCUCGCCUCCACCUGCGCGCGCUUCUCCGCCGCGCUCAUCGACACCGGGGGCAACGCGCCGACGACCUCGCCGCUCGAGACCAUCUGCGCGAUCAGGUCCAGGUCCGAUACGGGUGCCGCGGGCGCGGCGAACGCCGGUGCCGGUGCCGAAGCUGGUGCCGGGUCGAUGGCGAGCUCAAUCUCCGUGUCCGAGUCGACCAUGGUAUGUGUGGUUGUCGU